UAACUGUCAUUGUAACUUGUCAACAAAUUAGGAUUUUCGAAUCUGUUUUUAUUAAUUUAAUAUAACGUAGUUAUUUUAUUUUACGCGAUUUUCGAACUAACAUUGCAUUUCGUUUAUAAGAAUGUGUUCCUAAUAUUGUAUAUAUUUUGUAUCCAACAUUUUUAGUGUAAGUGCAUAAGUGUAACAAGUGUAAUAACAUAAUGAAAAAUGAAUAACAGUUCUGAUUUUAUUAACUGGUCAGAGCCCCACUGCUCUAAAGAUGCGCUUACAGAUACAUAUGGUUGGGUUAUGCAGUUUCUUCUUGCCGUCUUAGCAUUUACAUGUUUAAUAGGUAAAAGGUUUUGUGAGCCCCGUUAUGCAAGAAGACCUUGGUUGAUCUGGUUCUAUGACACAUCUAAGCAAGGCCUUGGUGCUCUUAUAAUUCAUGCAGCAAAUGUCUGGCUUUCACCCCACAUGACUGGCAACCCCUGUACAUGGUACAUAGUAAAUUUUAUGUUGGACUCAACACUUGGCUUGCUGAUAAUAUGGGCAGGUAUAAGACUGGCACAGCGUUGUGCAAGAGUUUAUGACAUACCUCUCAUUAAUUUUGGCGAAUAUGGUAAGCCUCCGAUGUGUGCGGCUUGGAUUUGCCAAUGCGUGUUGUAUGCGGCGCUUGCGACGUUCGCCAAGUCAGUGCUGGCGCUGGUGUUGCGUCUCCCGCCAAUAGUGGCGGUGCUCUCCACGUUGAAGCUGUCGCCCGUGUCCGACCCGCGGCUUGAACUUGCAGUGGUCAUGCUGAUCAUACCUUUCUUUAUUAAUAUAUUAAUAUUUUGGGUGACGGACAACUUCCUAAUGUAUCGACCGAGGGGUGUGAGCUCUAAAAUAAAGACGAAGGUCCGAUAUCAAUCGAUAAAGAAAGAGAAGUCUGGAUCCGAAGACGAUGAUCAGUCGGCGGACGAGCGAUUACUUGGAGCGAGUGUAUGACCCUACCCGCAGCCCGCUCUCCGGGCAUAGUGCAUCCAUUGACAUUGGUUGAUAUGAGUUGCCUUCGCCAUAAUACAUACAUCGACCCGACAGUACUCACGCAGUAACAUCAAGCAAUAUCUGCAUCUCAUUCUCAUACGUUGCGGUCAUUAUCUUUCGUCUCAUUUGAUUUGUUUUGGAUAGAUUAGAGAUGGGUGAUUAAGUUUAUUCCGUUUAUCAUAAAAUAGCAUUCUUGUGAUGUUGGUCUUAUGUUUUUUUUUAGUUAUUUAAGUAUAAUAUGCCAUCUUAGUUUAUUAGAUAACAUGUUACAUUAAAUAUCAGUCAUACUUUUUUAAGUUAUGUUUGAGAUAAGUACCUAACGUUGGAGCCAGUUUAUUGUUAUUAAUUUUAUGUUAGAGUUUAGUCAAAAUCAAAUCACCACAUUAAUACUUACUUUUAAUGGUUGCCAUAGUCAUUUCGUAAAAUAGUCCAAAAUUUAAUAAGAGCGGACAGAAAAAAAUCAACGGGUGCAGGUUUUUUUUAAAUAUAUUAAAACAUGUUUACAACAAUUGACAACUUUCGGUUCGAUGUGAUAUAGCGUGAUUUGUAAGGAUUAUCUGUAUAAAAUCGUUUGUCCUUGCUGACUAAUAACGCGUAGUCAAAUUUACUGACUAUAAAGAUGAAAUGUAUAUAUAGGUUUACUUUAUAACGAUCAUACGCUAAUAAAGAAUUAUUGGAAUCGUUAAUUUGAGUUGGAAAACGUUUAUAUACACAACAAACACCAAACUGUCAAAAAUUUG